AUGUUCUCGGAUCCGCAGUUGUUGGGGAAGUUGGCGACGAAUCCGAAAACCAGAGCGUAUUUGCAACAGCCGGAUUUUAUGAAGAUGUUCGCGGAGAUUCAGAAAGAUUCCAACGCGUUACAAAAGCACAUGAACGAUCCAAGAGUGAUGGAUUUGUUGUCUGUAGCUUUAGGGGUGAACGUCAUGGGUGGGGAGGACUUCCAAAACCAAAACCAAGCGCCGCCGGCGCAGCAGCAGCAACAACAAACUCGAGCUCCGGAACCCGCAAAACCGAAGACGACGAAAACACCCGAAGAGAUUAAAAAAGAAGAAGAAGCAAAGUUACCGGAGAAUAAGAGGAAAGCGUUGAAGUUGAAGGAAGAAGGGAACGCGUUUUAUAAAAAAAGAGAGUUUGACGACGCGGUGAAGAAGUACGAAGAGGCCAUCGAGAGCGAUCCGACUGAUCCGACGUACAUUAACAAUCGCGCGGCGGUUAGAUUCGAACAAGGUGAAUUCGAUAAAUGCAUAGAAGAUUGCGAAAAGAGCAUCGAAGUUGGCCGAGAAAAUCGUUCGGAUUACCGAAUCAUCGCGAAAGCGAUGGCGAGAAAAGCUUCGGCGUACGAAAAGAUGGACAACUUGACGGGAGCCAUCGAGUGGUACCAACGAUCGCUCACCGAACACCGAGAAGCGUCGACGCUAAACAAAUUAAACAGCUGCGAGAAGAAAUUGAAAGACAAAGAAACUCAAGAGUAUUUGAACCCAGAGUUGGGAGAGAAAGCCAGAGACGAAGGUAACGAGUUGUUUAAAAACCAAGACUUUCCAAACGCCGUCGCGAAAUACACCGAGGCGAUUAAAAGAAACCCUAACGAUCACAAGUCGUACUCCAACCGAUCCGCGUGUUACACGAAACUAGCCGCUUUUAACGAAGCUUUGAAAGACGCGGAGAAGUGCAUCGAGAUCGAUCCGACAUUCGUCAAAGGGUAUUCGAGAAAAGGACACGUCGAGUUCUUCACGAAACAGUACGACAAAGCUUUAGAAACCUACCAAGCGGGGUUAAACAUCGACCCAGCGAACGAAGAGUUGAAAGACGGCGCUCGACGAUGUGUCAUGGAACAAAACAAAGCCGCGAGUGGCAUGUUAACCGAGGAGGAGUUGAAAGCGAGACAAGAAAGCGCGAUGAAAGAUCCGGAAAUUCAAAAUAUCUUAGCCGAUCCGGUCAUGAAUCAAGUCUUGCGCGAUAUGAGCGAAAACCCGAAAGCGGCGAUGGAACACCAAAAAAAUCCGAUGAUCAUGGCGAAAGUGAGAAAGUUAAUCAACGCCGGGAUCGUCCAAACGCGUUAA